GUUAUCAAAUCUUGAUCUCUUGAGAGCUAUAAACCCAUCCCUCCAACCCCAAGAAACCAGAAGAUUCUCAUUCCCCAUUUUCUCAGUUACACAAAGAACAUUUAAAGGAGAUAAACAAACUGAAAACACACAGACAGACAUUCACAUACACACCUUUUUCUUUCUCUGUCUCUUUCUCUUUCACUUUCCUUAUCUUGAAACACCACCAUCCAGUUCUUAAUAAAACCACCAAUAAUCUCUCAAACCCUAACCCUAAAUCUGAAUCUAACGCCAAUGUCUCAGCUCAAACAAAUGUCUCAUCUUGAUAACAUACCUUCAACUCCUGGAAAAUUCAAGAUGGAAAAAUCUUCACCCUACAUUAACAGACUCAGAGUCCAUUCUUCUUUAGCAAAACUCACAUUUUGGUCCUUCAUUUUCUUGGGUGUAAUCUUAUUCUUCUUCUUUAGAUCUCCAUCCUCAAAUCCUUUACCAUCUGAUCCUUCCCGCCGUUCUCUUCGGACCUUCAACUGGGGUGGGCCUGCUUUUGAGAAACGGAUCCGUUCUUCCGCCCGAGUUAGGGCUCGUAAUGGAAUCUCCGUUUUGGUCACUGGGGCUGCCGGUUUUGUCGGCACACACGUGUCAGCCGCCCUUAAAAGACGCGGUGAUGGGGUUCUUGGUCUUGAUAAUUUCAAUGACUAUUAUGAUCCUUCUUUGAAAAGAGCAAGACAAGCCCUUUUGGAGAGAAGUGGAAUUUUCAUUGUUGAAGGCGAUAUCAAUGACAUGGCUCUAUUGAGGAAGCUUUUUGACGUUGUUUCAUUUACGCACGUGAUGCAUUUGGCUGCUCAAGCUGGAGUAAGGUAUGCAAUGGAAAAUCCUAGUUCUUAUGUUCAUAGUAACAUUGCUGGCCUUGUUAGUUUACUUGAAGUUUGUAAAAAUGCUAAUCCUCAACCUGCUAUUGUGUGGGCAAGUUCUAGUUCUGUUUAUGGGCUUAAUACUAAGGUACCAUUUAGUGAGAAAGAUAGAACCGAUCAACCCGCUAGUUUAUAUGCUGCUACUAAGAAAGCCGGUGAAGAGAUUGCUCACACUUAUAAUCAUAUAUAUGGUUUAUCUUUAACUGGCUUGAGGUUUUUCACCGUUUAUGGUCCUUGGGGUAGGCCAGAUAUGGCUUAUUUCUUUUUUACAAGGGAUAUUUUGAAGGGGAAGACCAUACCCAUAUUUGAGGCUGCUAAUCAUGGUACGGUUGCUAGGGAUUUUACCUACAUUGAUGAUAUUGUCAAGGGUUGUUUGGGGGCAUUGGAUACUGCUCAGAAGAGUACCGGUAGUGGGGGGAAGAAGAAGGGGCCAGCACAAUUAAGGGUUUAUAAUUUGGGGAAUACUUCUCCUGUGCCAGUUUCGGAUCUUGUAAGUAUUUUGGAGAGGCAUUUGAAAGUUAAGGCCAAGAGGCAUAUUUUGAAGUUGCCAAGGAAUGGUGAUGUGCCUUUUACUCAUGCAAAUAUUAGCUUGGCUCAAAGGGAGCUUGGGUAUAAGCCCACAACAGAUCUGCAGACCGGAUUGAAGAAAUUUGUGCGGUGGUAUCUCAGUUACUAUUCUGGUGGAAAGAAGGCUGCUGGUUGAAACAUUCUUUUGAUUGUGUGGUAGGACCUUUGAUUUCUUGUUCAUUAUGAUUCUUAUGAUUGUUUUUGGUAUUUCUCUGUUCCUUGUCCGAUUAUUGUUCAUCUUUCAUAUAUUUUUAAUGAUGCGAAUAUGAGGAACAUCAUGAUCUGCUAUGUUGGAGAAGUUUUUUUUGGUUGGUGGACAUUGUAUCUUGGGCAGUCAUGAGCUGUAUUAAAAGAAAGCCAGAACCUUCUUUCUAUUUUCUCUUUUUCUUUUUUCUGAAUGUAAUUGUAGUUUCGGCAUUGUAGAGUUCAUGACUGAUAGAACAUAUGCUGAUUGUUGGACAUGUAUCAUUUCCAUGCAAUUCAAUAAAUAGCAGACAUACUAGAUGAAUUGAACUA